AUGUCACCUACCGCCGACUCGAACAAGACAUUACGCAUCCUCCGCGAUACCAAAGCUGGAGGAUACGCAGUGCCCGCCAUGUGCUGCUACAACCUUGAAGGAGUCCUCGCGACCGUGAGAGCCGCCGAAGCUUCAUCCUCGCCCGCCAUGGUCCUCUUGUUUCCAUGGGCCAUCACAUACGCCGGCACAUCACUUGUGCGCGCAGCAGCCGACGCCUGCCAACACGCCAAGGUCCCGGUCGCACUGCAUCUCGAUCACUGUCAGACGCCAGAACUGGUGCGUCGGGCUGCUGAUAUGGAGAAUGCGUUUGACAGCAUCAUGUGCGAUAUGAGCCAUUACGACGAUAACUUGGCCCUUACGAAGGAGUUGGUUGCGUAUUGUCAUGGGAAAGGCAUCGCGACGGAAGCCGAGCCAGGCCGCAUCGAAGGUGGAGAGGAUGGUGUCGCCGACACGGUUGAUCUUGAAGGCAUCUUGACUACACCCGAAAAGGCACAAGAAUUCGUCGAUACAGGCAUUGAAUUGCUGGCUCCCGCCUUUGGAAAUGUCCACGGCGAAUACGGGCCUCGUGGGAUCAAUCUCGAGUACGACCGUCUUGAGGCCGUCAAUAAAGCCGUCGGUGACCAAGUCUACCUCGUCCUCCACGGGGCAGAUCCCUUUGACGAGGAAAUAUUUCAGCGUUGCAUUAAAGCCGGCAUCACUAAGAUCAACAUCAACAAGGGCAUGAACAGGCACUUUCUGGGCGUCAUGAAGGAAAUGUCGGAUAAACCGUUAACCAGCAUCAUUGAGGCAGGGACCGAGGCCAUGCAAAAGGCCAUUGAAAGGUACAUGUUGUGGUUGGGUAGUGCUGGAAAAGCUGCCUAA